AUGUCCUACAAGACGUUCAACGGGGUGAAGAACUGCUGUUACAUCGUGCUCUCCGUGCUGUGCGGUUGCCCACUGGCCUUCUGCUGGGCCCUGGAGUUCGCCUGCGUCCAGUGCUGCCACAUCUGGUGCGUGGGGCCCUGCAUACGCAUGUGGAACAUGAACUUCUCCUGUAUGAAGCUCUUCUGGAGCUCCUGCGUCCACUGUCUAUGCGACCCGUGCUACGAGUCCCGCGGCCUGUGCCUCAGCUUCAUCAAGGUCCACAAAACGGAAGGAUAA